GACGCAGAGUGACGUAGCCGCGCACGCCUGGACCCGGAAGCAACUCGGGGCGAUGGCGGCAGCGGAGGGCAUGGGGCAGCAGUGGGUGCUGGUGGAGAUGGUCCAGGCUUUCUAUGAGGCUCCAACUUACCAUCUUAUUCUGGAAGGUAUUCUGAUCCUAUGGAUAAUUAGACUGCUUUUCUCCAAAACAUACAAGCUUCAAGAACGAUCUGACCUCACACCUAAGGAAAAGGAAGAAUUGAUUGAAGAAUGGCAGCCAGAACCUCUUGUUCCUCCUGUACCAAAAGACCAUCCGGCUCUCAACUACAAUGUUGUUUCAGGGCCUCCAACUCAUAAAAUUAUCGUGAAUGGCAAGGGAUGUAUAAACUUCGCAUCCUUUAACUUUCUUGGGCUUUUGGAUAAUGAAAGGGUUAAGACUGCAGCUCAGGCAUCUCUGGCAAAAUAUGGUGUUGGCACUUGUGGCCCUAGAGGGUUUUAUGGAACCUUUGAUGUACAUUUGGAAUUGGAGGAACGACUUGCCAGAUUUAUGAGGACUGAGGAAUCCAUUUUAUAUUCCUAUGGAUUUGCUACAAUUGCCAGUGCCAUUCCUGCCUAUUCAAAACGAGGAGACAUUGUGUUUGUUGAUGAAGCAGCCUGCUUUGCUAUCCAGAAAGGUUUACAGGCAUCCAGAAGUAACAUUCAGUUUUUUAAACAUAAUGAUAUGGCUGACCUUGAACAUCUACUAAAAGAACAAGAGAUUGAAGAUCAAAAGAAUCCUCGUAAAGCUCGUGUAACCCGAAAGUUCAUUGUGGUAGAGGGUUUGUAUAUUAAUGCUGGAGAUAUUUGUCCUCUUCCGGAAUUGGUAAAGUUAAAAUACAAAUACAAAGUGAGAUUAUUUUUGGAAGAAAGUCUUUCCUUCGGAGUAUUGGGAGAACAUGGACGAGGAGUUACAGAACAUUUUGGAAUAAAUGUGGAUGACAUUGAUCUUAUCAGUGCAAGUAUGGAAAACUCUCUGGCUUCUAUUGGAGGAUUUUGCUGUGGACGAUCCUUCGUUGUUGACCACCAAAGACUGUCUGGUCAGGGGUACUGCUUUUCAGCCUCUCUGCCUCCUCUCCUAGCUGCUGCUGCCAUUGAAGCCCUCAAUAUCAUGGAAGAAAACCCAGACAUUUUUCAGAUUUUACAGCAAAAAUGUAAGCGAAUACACAAGGCUUUACAAGGGAUUCCUGGUCUACGACUGGUGGGACAGUCACUUUCUCCAGCACUACAUCUCCAGUUGGAAGAGAGCACUGGAUCCCGAGAGAGUGAUAUGAGGCUACUGAAAGAAAUUGUAGAUUAUUGUAUGAACAGAAGUAUUGCACUAACACAGGCUCGCUAUCUGGAGAAAGAAGAGAAAUAUCUUCCACCACCCAGCAUUCGAGUUGUUGUAACAGUAGAACAAACAGAACUGGAACUGGACAAAGCUGCCUCGCUCAUCAGGGAAGCUGCAGAAUCUGUUCUGAAUUGAGUCUGGCAUACUUGGAUAUUUCUUUCUCACCCACCAUCAUGGGUGGAUACCUAUUUCUAUGGUAUGGUCGAUCGUCUUGCACUCCAAAGGUUCAAGUUCUUCGGUUUAUUAUCUGAUGGAACUAAAGCUUGACUUCCACUGAGUCAUUCCAGAACAAAAAGAUGGGAAUAUGGGGGAUACAAAGAAUAAAAAAUAAAAAUGGGAAUGCUAAACAUACACUGUAUGUUCGGAACUCAGCUCUAUUUUUAAGUACCUUUGAAACUGGAGGUCAUUGCUACACUGGUAUCUUACAAUGGUUUCACCUCGGUUCUUAGGGGGCCUUACUCCUUUUCCUAGUUCUCUAAAUGUACAAACAAAAUGAACUAUUUUUGGGAGUUCAUGUAUAAUGCUAAUAAGUAUGAAAAGAAUAUGAAAACUUACAGAAUAUUCUUAAUUAACUACUCUUAAUAAAAUGCUGUGUUAAAUAACAUUUUUCCAAAAAUGUUCUUAUUGACAAACUGUAAAUGGUAUUAUAAAAUCCUGCUUUUGAAUUAUGUACUUAAGUAGCUUUUAUUACCCUGGGUAUAGGAAUUUAUACACUAAUUUGUUUUAGAUCUUUUCAUUUCUGAAAUUCCCAGAAGUGGCAAUUUUCUAACCAUUUGUCAAAUUUUACAUCAGUGUCUCAUCUCACGCCAGUGCUUUCACUCCAUAUGACUUUGCCUUUCCCUUGGUUUGCCCAUAUAUUUAACUUAUACACCAGUGCUGUGCAGACACGGGAAAUCUAAUGUCGACAAAGAUGUUUGCAUGGAGAUGCCGAGAGAGAGGGAGAGAGAAAGAGAGAGAGAGAGAGAGAGAGAGAACGAACGUAUGUGAUUGGUGUGCCAACCAAAGUGCCCACAAGUGCUAAGGGAAUGUCUUUAUCCAGGCAAAUACAUACUAAUACUGUACUGUAUUCUGGUAGGUGCAGAAAUUGAUGGACAAAUUAAUUCCACUAUGAUGUUUCUAGUGUACGUACUUAAUCAUCAAUACCUCUUUUUAAAAAGACUCUUAAGUACAUUAGAAAUUCCUACAUUUGGUUGCAGGGGCCCGUAGCCUUCUGCAUUCAAGAAGUUCCGAACUCUGUCCUGAAACUACUUGCUUUAAGACUUCCAUUAAGGUCUGCAGUAAAGAUUUGUGGGGGUGCGGGAGUUUGCAGGUAAAACAGUACUUCAUAUUGCAGACGUUACAAUAUGUCAACUUCUUCCUCUUCUGCCCUUCACAAUAGUUGGCGUAGAGUAACUUGCGUAAUAUGAAUCGCCAUAAGUAGUGGUCAAAAUGCCUGGUAAAGACUGCUUUUAAUACUUUGGGUUGUUUCUACACUUUUGUGCCUUUUUUGGUUGCUGCUACAUGGAUUCCAAUGCUAUAUUUGAGACGUAUUUUUUUUAAAAUAAAGCAUAUAUUUGAUCCA